GGAGCCAUAUGGGUUGUAUAGUUACUCGCAACCGCAGUUUCAUCGUGUAUAAAUACACCCGUCUCGGCGCCCAAUAAAGUACGUUAUUUAUACAAGAAAGUUUAUUUUUAAUUGAGACAAAAGAGCUUCAUAGGACAACUUUUCUAGGGCGCAUGCAUGCACCUUUCGGAUGAGUAAAAGGUAUGGUGGGGCUGGAUGGAAUUAUAUUCAGGGUUGGUCAGGAUGUUUCGAAAACUUCUCGGUCGGCGACUUCGAAUCAGGAAAUCGACCAUUAAUUCUUAAGGGCACAAGCACAAUGCAUGUAAUGCGUCAGCGGAGGAACGUAGGCGAAAGAUGUCCUAAACCUUUGCAGCUGAAUUGAUCGGUCAGCCUCGGUCAGCCUGCUGCUGGGCCGCCGUCUCCACAUAGCUGCUUGGCGGGCUGGCCUACCCAACACCUUGCAGGCGCUACUUGUUACCGUCGCCACGGGAAUCGUUUGUUGUGGGUGCACCUUAACCACCUGAACCACUUACACACCUUCCCCACCACAUCUUUAACAGCAGGGAAGUGUUAAUUGAUCGAAGAUCUUCUAGGCCGGGGGUAGUCCUUUCCAUCCCUUUCGAGCUCCUUCCUCGACACCGGCCCUUUGCAGUGCAAAUAACAGAACAUAGCCUAUGUGCCCUUCGAGUGCGAAUAUCUGCUGAGGAGGAAGCACAAGCAGACGAAUUCGUCGUGAAGCAGCUAUUUUCGUUCCUAAAACCUGCUUAAAUAGUACACACGGCAUGGAUGUUGCGCGGCGCAUCAUAAGAAAGACUAUGCUGAAACAAGUUUCAGAAAUCGUUGCGUGUAGUCGUUACAGCUCCAAACCACCAAACACUACUAACAAUGAAGCUCCAGCUAUACAGCAAAGAAGCACUUCUGUUCCCCAUGAAGGCCACAAAGAGCGUAUUCCAAGAAUAGGAGAUGAUGGUUUUGCUGUGACUUUAAUGGGUGCUGUGAAACCCAAAGAUGAUCAAAUUUUCCAUGCAAUGGGUUCAUGUUAUGAACUUUGUUCAUUUAUAGGAUUAGCUCGAGAACAUGCACAUGAGAAUGGACACUCCUAUGUAGAAUACCUUAAACGAAUUCAAACAAUCCUCAUUGACAUAAGCGUAGCUAUAUCUAAUUGCAGCUAUAAUGCACCAAACACCCACAAUUCUACUCAAGUUUUACCUAUGGUCAGUCCAUCCCCAUUAAGCAUCAAAGGAACAACUUUUUCCAAGCGUCAUGUUUCAGAACUUGAAGAAUGGAUUGAAGAAUUCAGUGAAGCUUUGCCUCCUGUUGAGCAUUUUGUUAUACCUGGUGGAGGUCUAGUAUCUGCAGAGUUGCAUGUAGCUCUUUCAGUUUGUCGAAGAACAGAGAGAAAAGUUUUACCAUUGGUUCGUGAUGGUAACCUUGAUGGUGAAGUUUUAGCUUACCUUAACAGGCUGGCAGAUUUCUUAUUUGUCAUUUCACGAGUUGCAUCACAAGCAGAUGGAGCUAUUGAAUCUGUUUAUACACCAAAAUCAUCACCUAGCACACCCAACACAUCUAACGUGUCUAGUUCUUAAGAAGUCUCGUGAAGGUUACUCCUGCCAACUGAAGUAUUGUGCCUCUCUUUAGUCAAGUAAAAGGAAUAGUAAGGGAUAGAUAAUUUAAUAUCCAACUAACAAGUUCCUUUGUAGUGCCUUAGUAAGUCGAACACCAAAGCAGAAAACAUUCAAUGAAAUAUGUUUUUGUUUUUGUUUUUCAUUGAAGAAUAUUGGUUAUGGUCUCAUAAAUUUAUUGAUUAUGGUUCAGUAUUACAAUUUCAUCAGAGGGGUUAUUUCUCAAAAUGUCAUGCCAUGUGAUAUUAUUAUCUUUAAAUAAUUGUGUUUGCAAUUAUUUUUUGAAUGUUAAUAAAAAUAUAGUAGAAAUACAGUAGAUCCCUCACAAAUAGAUGAUGAAUCAUGAAGAUGUGUAUCUGAAGAGUUGCUGGUUGGCUUCUAGUCAACCAUGCAACUUACAUUUGAAUUAAAUAAUUUGACUAAAUAGGAAA